CCGUCGCUCACAGCCGCGAGUCGCCGGUACACGCCUUCGUUCCGUGGGCGUGAGCACGCGGGCUCGCCGCCACCACUGCACCCACUAGUUAGCGCUGCACCCACCAUGGCCGUCGUCCGACGAGUGUGCGCGCUGCUUUUCUUGGCAUCUGUGCUCUUCUGCUGUUCUGAUGCACUGAUUAUUCCCCAGGAGCUACCAUCAAUAUUGUCACUAAUUUAUUCCAACCUUCCUCCACUGAAAAAAGGAACAGAUUCACGUUUCGGUUUUGGAUUUCGAUUUGGUGAACAUGCAGAUUUCCAGGUACUUAUACAGCUUGGACCUCAAACAGAGACACAGCCUAUUGGCCCACAACCUGAGAACAAUGGAAACUCUAAGAGGCAUGUUAUCCAGCAAACCUUCUACAUUCCAAAUGGUGAAGAAAUAAUCACAGACACACAAGGUGGGAAAUGGCUCUCAUCUUGGAGAUCAGCAUUCACCCCAAAAAAGAAGGUAAAUCUGCAGGAGACUAAAACUGAAAUACCUACAAUGGCUCCGGAUCCAACACAGAGCAGAAACCAAGUUGUAACACAUCUGCGUAAGCUCUACACAAACACAAACAAAACAGCAGACACUGCUACAAAUACUGGGAAUUCCUCACAAGUGGAAUAAUGUUUAUUUAUUUAUCUACAUCACCAAAGAAAGUGUAGUGCUUUCCUAUAGUACUGCCAUGUGUGUAUGCAUGAAAGCUUAUAUACUUCAUUAGCAAUGAAGCGAUAAAUUUAUUUAUGUUACUAAACAUGUAUCUUAAUUUAUUG